AUGUCUUGGGAUAGCUAUAUUGAAAACCUUAUCGCACAAACUAAAGACUCUUCAGGAGCUGCUCAUGCUGAUAAAGCCUGUAUAAUUGGAUUGGAUGGUGGGGCUCCAUGGACAAGUGCCGGUCAUGCAUCUGCAUUAAAGGUAAGAAUAAUUGUCUCAGCUUUGGAAUAUGAAUGUAAUUAGGAGUGAUUGCUGCAUCGUUUAAUAAGAGGUAACUUGGACUCUCCCUCCUGACAUGAGAAAGAAACAAAAGUGCUGACAUACAUUUAAUAAUCGCUAAUUACCUUCAAAGCUUUUGCAUUUCUGCUUCAUGACCUCAGACUAUUUCAUUUUUAGUCUUGAAACCUUUCUAAAUGUCAUAUUAUCUUAUACAUGUACUUCUUUAGAAAACCUCAACCACAAUAGCUUACAGCAGUUAGCAUACUGUGCCGAUUUUGCCUUAAACAAUGAGUUUUGAUAUCAAGUCUCGCAGGCAGCUGUUAUUUCGAUCAUUAUGCAGAGUGUUGUGUGUUACCCAAGUAACAGCAGCUUAGGAGUCUAUCGAACAUGUGUUGAUGUAUUAAUUUAUCGGGCAUUAUUCUUUCUUACCUGUAGUUGCAAGGAACAGAAGGAGCAAACAUAGCGAAGUGCUUUAAAAACAAAGAUUUUACAGCUUUUCAGGCCGGUGGUAUCUAUGUAGAGGGGACCAAGUAUCAAUUUCUGAGAGAGGAAGAUGGGAAGUUGGUUCAUGGAAAAAAAAAAGAUUCAGGAGCCAUCAGUCUGCAAUGCAGCAAGACAGCAAUUGUCAUUGCUCACACUGCUGAAGGUUGCCAACAGGGUAAUAGCAACAAAGGUGUAGCCGUAAUUGUAGAAUAUCUGGAAAGCUUGGGCAUGUAA